CUCGUCCCACACUCGCUGCGCUGUCGCUCUGCACGUGCUGCGCACCUAACGAACUGUUGCUAAGGAAGUUCACCGAAGUUCUCCUGGAGGGAUGCAGAUUUUACCAUUCUGCGAUGCUCCAACGGCUUUGGUGCCCUCGUCUCGCACAAUCUGCUCUCGUAUCCAGCUUGCACUCGCUCUGCACUUGUAGCGCGCUUCUGUCAUUUGGGAAGGGAAUUCUUUUUCUGGCAUAGACUAUUUUGUAGUGUCUUUCCUCACUAGUCAUCAAUAAAAUUUCAUUCUCUUUAUUUCAUUUCUGCAUUACCUAAUCGGGUUACCUAAACGUCUUACCUCUUUUCCUUUCCGUCACUGGUUUGGGCUGUACUAUACGCUAAGGCCUAUCGUAUACUCUUUUUUUCUUUCUUCUGUCGAGAGUCACAGAGGGAGAGGGGGGAGACAUCUUUUAAGUGUUGCUCUGCACCUGCUGGCGGAACAUACCCACCUUAUUCAGCCUAACACGCAGCUUGCUACUCUGUUGCUGACUGAUAGAUACCGUCACGUUAGUUUUGUUGAGACUAUGGAUCCUUUAACUGCAGUCGUACCAGGAUUUUUUGGGGCAUCGACCAUCGCAGUCGUUGUCCUGAUUUGCGUUGUUUACUACUAUCUCGUUUUGCCAAUGGAUUUCACCAGGGACAUAGACGGCGUGGGCUAUGAUUUCCCUAACCGCCACUUGGACGGCAAGACACGCGCUGCCAUGGUGCGAGACGCGAUACGGAAGCGGAAGACAGGUCGGCUGCUACCAGUGUACCCCAACGGCUGGUUUGGGAUUAUUGAAUCCUGUCGCCUGGGUCCUGGAGAGGUCAGGCUUGUCAAUGCCCUCGGCCAAAACCUGGCCGUCUUCCGUUCCGAGAGCGGCGAGGCCCACGUUCUGGACGCAUACUGUCCGCACAUGGGGGCCAACAUGGCUGUGGGAGGCCGCGUCAAGGGGGACUGCCUCGAGUGCCCUUUUCACGAGUGGCAAUUUAGUGGGCACAACGGCAAGUGUGUGGCGAUACCCUAUGCGCAGAAAGUUCCAGACUUUGCGAAGGUCCGCCGCUGGGACAGCCGGGAGGUAAACGGCUCUGUGUUUGUUUGGCACCACGCGGAGGGCGACCCGCCCAGCUGGGUCGUGGAACCCAUUGCCGUUAUUGAGGACAAGUCGUGGACGUACGUUGGGCGCAACGAGUUCAACGUCACCAGCCAUAUCCAAGAUAUUCCUGAGAAUGCGGCUGACCCUCCACACUUGGAGGCCAUCCACGCUCCAGGCAUGUUCGUGGCUAGCUUGUCGCGCCACGUAUGGAAGGCCGAGUGGUUCCCGGACCAAACUCAGACCCACAUCGCCCAUUUGGGGCUCAACCACGAGAUAGCACUGUCUAGUAAAGUGAGCCUCUUUAAGAUACUUGUGCGUGGCGAUCAGAUUGGCCCGGCUUACGUUGUCCUAAACGUUCAGACAAGCAUCGGUCCAAUUGUCAUUGUGCAAACGGUUUUGCCUCUCGAGCCGCUACUGCAGCGGGUGAUCCAUCGCAUGUACUGCCCGUGGUGGAUCGUGCCGUACGCCCGGUUCAUUAUGCUCGGAGAAAGCAUCAUGUUUGCGCGAGACAUCGCUGUUUGGAACCAUAAGCAGUACAUGGACAAGCCGGUGCUAGUCAAGGAAGAUCGCUAUAUUGUUCGCUUUAGGCGGUGGUAUUCCCAGUUCUUCAGCGAUAAUAGCCCGAGGUUUCAGCAAGAUACGCUUGAUUGGUAGUACGCUUAAAUCCUAUGCGUUAAUGGCAGUAGAAUGGCGGAAGAACACUACUGGAAAACAACCACACUCUUUCGCAGAACAAUUUUUAAAGCAAAUCAAUAAGCACUUGUGAUACAAAGCUCGGCUCGGCCUGCUCGGCGCGGCCGUGCGGCAGCGCAAUAUAUAAGCCUAUUCGUUCUCUUUAAUAUUUCCUAGCCGAGAGUAAAAGCUGCUGAUACCUUCCACUGUUCAUGUAUAUUUGUUUAGUGUUUGUAUGGUUCUAGGAUAAUUGUAUACUUGAGUGACUCUUCGCUCUUCGGCCCCGAGUCACUCAAGUAUACCAUUUGAAACGGAUUUUUGAGUAGAAUCAGGAACACUCUUUAAUUGGCGCUCGAGUCUGGUUUUCCUCAAAAUUAAAUAAAAAUUCGUCGCCGCUCA